AAAUAAAUGAGGUUAGAAAUUUUGUCAAAAAAGUAUUUAAAUUUUAAAGGCUGCUUAUUUUUAAAGUUAAAAUGAAUAAAACCGUUUGUAUUAUUAUAUUUUUAACAUCUCUUUGUUGUGUCUUAUCGAAAAAACCGAAAGAAAAACCAGAUUGGGCCAAAAAAGACAUCAGGGACUUCUCAGACGCCGACAUGGAAAGAUUACUUGACCAGUGGGAGGAAGACGAAGAGCCACUUGAGCCUGACGAGUUACCCGAACAUUUAAGACCCGUACCCAGUAUAGAUCUGAGCAAAAUUGACCAAGAUAACCCUGAGGCUUUACUCGAACAGACUAAAAAGGGUCGAACUCUCAUGACUUUCGUCCAGGUAGCUGGUAAAGUAACUCGGAAUGAAGCCGAAGAGAUUACUAAGCUUUGGCAGACGAGUUUGUGGAACAACCAUAUCCAGGCAGAAAGGUAUAUGGUUGACGAUAACAGAGCUAUAUUUCUAUUUAAAGACGGAUCUCAAGCUUGGACAGCUAAAGACUAUUUAAUAGAGCAAGAACAGUGUGAGAGUGUUACGAUAGAAUCCAAGGUAUACCAAGGAAAACACAAUCCAAAGUUUGGCACCGUGGAAAAAGUCGAGCUAUAGAUAUAUGAGACUCAUAUUUUAAACUUAUACUUUAAGAUAUUUUUUCUAUUUUCUUUUUGAGUGAGAAUAAGUUCUGAGGAUGUACAAAUAGAAAUACACUACUUAUAACAGAAACUUUAUUAUAAGAUUUUUUACAUUACCUUCUUGGUAAAUAAACUAUAUAUUUUUGUUUUGAGAAA